AUGUCGCACGCUCCGCGGGGAGGCUCACAAGCGAGCAUGCCGAUUAGAGGCGGCAACGAUGGAGGCCAGCGCGCCUCAGGUCCGACCACCGGGGAGGUGAAGAACCCAGACUCCAAGGUCACUCAGUUGGAGGACCAGACCGUGAAGCAGAUGCAGGACCUGGUGUCCAAUGGUCUUGCAUAUCGACCCGGCUACGGUACCCAAGGCCGUUCGAUCGUGCUGAGGGCCAACUUCUUUGAAGUUGAGUUCAAGCCCAACGUGGAAUAUUUCUUCUACUCUGUCUCCAUCCGUCCUGAGGGAGCUCCCCGCGGCCAGAUUAGGGAGGUAUUUGAGAAGCUCAUGCAACUUCCUCCCGUGCUUUCUUGCAAUGCGGCAAGUGACAGAGCCUCAGAGAUUGUCGCCUGUGGAAAAUUGCCUACAGUCCCUGUGGACAUCAAAAUCGGUGACGAACCUUCUAGACCCCGGAAGGUGUUUACAGUCACCUUAAGGGAAAAUGGCGUCGUGCGUCCUUCGGAGCUGCUCAGCAGUCUUCGUCAGACGGACCCUCGGGAGGAGUAUUCACUGGAACUGAUUGCAGUGCGCUCGUUGAACCUGCUCAUGGGUCGACACCCUUCGCAGGAUCCUGGAGUGGCCACCAUAGGUCGUGGUAGGACGAGGUGGUUCUGGAUUGACAGUCGAAUGACUGCUGCCGAUCUUCGAGGCGGUCUCCAGGUUGUUCGAGGUUACUUUUCUAGCAUGAGACUCGCGGGCGGACGAGCUCUCUUGAACCUCAAUGUCAACCAUGGCGCUUUCUACAAAGAAAUGCCUUUCAUUAACUUCAUCUUGGAGUUUGAAAGCACCUUCGGUCGUGAUCGGAGUCUUUUCAAUCGCUAUAUCCGGGGUCUUCGAGUGCAUGCCACCCACCUCCAGCGCACUCCUACGAAGUCAGGCAAGAAGAGGCCCCGAUACAAGUCCAUCUGGGCACUCGCAUCCCCAAGUGAUGCCAGAGAUGCCAAAGACAAAGACGGUCGCCGACUUAAGUAUCCUCCACAGGUUCCCCGGCUGGGUUCUUGCGCAAACAAUGUGAAAUUCUACGAAGACACUCACGAGCAGUACAUCAGUGUCGCGGACUAUUUCAAACGAACCUACAACAUCGUUCUGAAAUAUGCCGACAGACCAGUGGUCAAUGUUGGUAGCAAGGAUCGACCGAUCUACUUGCCCGCCGAGGUGUCUGCCGGCGGCCUCCGCAAAACUACCAGUCAAUUAACUGACGGCUUGGACAUGAUGGGUAUCAACAAUGGGACCAUGCAAGUGGGAAUGAAAUUCCACAAAGAGAUGAUUACGGUGUAUGGCCGGAUCCUCAACCCUCCCAGUCUGAAAUACGGAGCAUCCAAAGUUCCUCCGCGGAAUGGCUCUUGGAACCUCGUGGGCAAGAAGUUCUGCCAGGGUGCCUCUCUCAAGAACUGGACUUGCAUCUGGGUAAAAAAGGAGGGAUGCAGAGAUGCUUUCCAAUCCGGCAAUCCUUCCAAUGCCUUGAAUGCCUUCCAGCAGAAGAUGAAUGAGCUGGGCAUGCGAGUGGGCCCACCAGUUGUUCCUGGCCCAACUAUCACCAUCAAGGUUAAGGAGGAAGACAAGUCAAUCAACAUGAAAGACUUCAUGGAGCAAACCCAGAAGGUCUUCCGAGCCUUAUUGGCAAAAGACUAUCGCUUUGUGGUUGUACUCCUCCCUACACCUGAGGAUCGAAUCUUUGAUUACAUCAAAUGGAUCGGUGAGACUAGGGCUGGAGUGUUGACCCACUGCGUGCUGGCUGACAAGUUUGCAUUGUCGAAUGGCCAAUAUCUGGCGAAUAACGCCAUGAAAGUCAAUCUCAAACUUGGUGGAGUCAACCAAACACUGGACUCUUCGAGCCAGUCGCCUCUGAUAGUGAGCGGAAAGACCAUGAUCGUGGGACUGGACGUUACCCAUCCUUCCACGACGGACCCAGAAUCGUUCCCUAGCAUUGCAACUAUUGUUGCAAGCACGGACGGCCGGCUGGGCCAGUGGCCAGGUGAGGUGCGCAUUCAAGAGCGUCGCCGAGAGAAUCUUCAGUUCUUGAAGAACAUGAUGAUUUCCCGCUUGGAGAUGUGGCAGAAGUCAAACAACGGCCAGCUGCCAAAGAACAUCAUCGUCUAUCGAGAUGGUGUCAGUGAAGGGCAAUACCCCAUGGUGCUCACGGAAGAGCUCCCGUUGGUAAAACAUGCUACUCAGUCGAUGUACAAGCCUGAUGAGCUGCCGAAUAUCACGAUCAUCGUUGUCGGAAAGCGCCAUAACGUGCGCUUUUAUCCAACAACGGAAGGCGAUCAAGAUAAAACCCAGAAUCCAAUCAAUGGCACGGUGGUUGACCGAGGCGUUACACGGCCGCGAGACUGGGACUUUUACCUGCAAGCCCAGGCUCCACUGCAGGGCUCUGCUCGCCCAGCGCAUUACUUCGUCAUUCACGAUGAAAUCUUCACAAACCGGGAUGUUUCGAAGGAAUCUCGACCUGCCGAUUCACUCGAGUCUCUCACGCACAACAUCUGCUACGUGAUGGGCCGUUGCACUCGGUCUAUCAGCUACAGCACUCCUGCCUUCCUGGCAGACAAGUUCUGCGAUCGAGCUCGGAAAUAUGUGCGGGCAUACUACACAGACAAGGAGAUCAGCACUGGCCAAGACAGGUUCUCCCUUCCUCCUCCCGGUGAGUCUGAGGUGCGGCUCGCAAGUGGGGCUCGGGAAAGCAUGGUUUACAUUUGA